AUGCAGUCAUCAAAGUCUUUAACAAUAAGUGAAGACUGUUUGGUAUUAAACAUAUGGACACCAAAUGCGGGCAAUAAUAACACAAACAAAUCACAGCUCAAACCCAUCAUGUUUUGGAUAUAUGGCGGGGCUUUUGUACGAGGGUCAAUUUUUUUUGAGUCAUACAACGGGUCCAUUUUGGCCACACAUGAUGUGGUGAUUGUGUCCACAAACUAUAGGUUAGGACAGUUUGGGUUCCUAUACGGGGAUCGGGAGGACGCGCCCGGAAAUGUCGGCUUUUAUGACCAGUUAUUGGCUCUCAAAUGGGUUAGAGAAAACAUCCACUCAUUUGGCGGAGAUAGGGAUCAGAUCACCAUUUUUGGUGAGAGCGCUGGCAGUCGGUCCGUAUCGGCGCACAUACUCUCCCCGUUAUCUAAAGGCCUAUUCAAGAGGGCUAUACUGGAGAGCGGCGCCCAUCUGUUCAAUAAGGAUAGGGACGUGCAGUCAAAAGCUGAGUCCAUAGCACAGGGCAUACAAAUGGCACAACACGUUAAUUGUAGCCAAACUGUGCAUUGGUUGCAAUGUUUGCGAAACAUUAGCGCCGAAGAUAUGCUAAAACUAUCGACAAAAGUGAUAUCAUUCCCGAUAUUAGGCACAGAAUUUCUACCAAUUAGUGCUAAAAAUGCAUUUAAAACUCAACAAUUGAACUCGGAUAUAGACAUACUGUCCGGCAUUACCCGUACGGAGGGCUCAAUACUGGCCGUACAGUACAACUACACCAACAUUAAAACCAUCGAUGACUUUAAGACAUAUAUCAGGGCAGCGGAGAAACGAUACCAUGGAUUAGUUGCUGAUAAAGUGGCCGACUUUUACCUUAAUGGUGUCGACAUCGGUAGCCCACCAGCCCUUCAAUGGGCUUUUUAUCAAUUUUUUGGUGAUUUACUUAUGGGUUGUCCGACAUAUUUAUUCACUAAACAUAUGGCCGCUAUUAACCUACAAAACAACCAUAAUGUAUAUUUCUAUCGUCUGGAUUAUCAAAGCCAAACACAGGCCAUUGCCAGGGGCUGUAACGAAAGCACCAUGGGCAUUUGUCACGGCGCUGAUCUAUCAUUUGUAUUUGGUAUACCAUAUACUGAUUUGAUUGGUUAUACUCCUAUGGACAGGGAGUUUAGCACUGAUAUUAUGAAUAUGUGGACCACGUUUGCAAAAACUGGGUAA